UCAGAUGCUUGCUCUGACAAGGCACAGCCUAUUGUCUCCUUUGUGCAGUGUGAUGUCGUUCAGACGCUCCUACAGAGGUGACAGCCCAGCAGAUUCCCAGAAAGACCUGAUUGAAAUACCUUUGCCUCCAUGGCAGGAGAGAACCGAUGAGUCCAUAGAAACCAAAAGAGCCCGCCUGCUCUAUGAGAGCAGAAAGAGGGGAAUGUUGGAGAACUGCAUUCUCCUCAGCCUUUUUGCUAAAGAAUACCUGCACCACAUGACAGAGAAGCAGCUGAACCUCUAUGACCGUCUGAUUAAUGAGCCUAGUAAUGACUGGGAUAUUUACUACUGGGCCACAGGUACGUAAGAAAAUAGGAUGAGGUAGGUUGACGUGUGUCUGGAAUUGCAUCUUAGACUUUUUUUUU